AUGGGUCUGGUGUCGCUUAUUACGGGCUUCGUUGCUCCCAUCUUCAUUAUCAUUUCUCCCAUCACUUCAUAUGCGGAUCAGACGUACUCAAUACACCGCACAAAGUCAAGCGCGGGCUUCUCGCUGGAUAUUCCGUUGAUCAUGCUUGUGGCUUCGGUGUUGAGAGUGUUCUACUAUCCAGGCGCGCAAUUUGACAAGUCCUUGCUCAUACAAUCAUUCAUCAUGAUUGCCAUUCAGUUGGUUCUGUUGAAGGUUGCCCUCGAUCAUCGACCUGGUCCGUCAUCCAAAGGGGGAGAAAUGGCGAAUCCAUUUGCAGGGGCUCGUGAAGGAGAAUUCGGCAUCCAGAGACCAUACAACUUCUGGCAGUGGAGAUCUCCAAAACCAUACUGGCAGUUCCUCCUCUACCUCUUCCUCACACUUGUCUGCCUUGAGUUGGUGCUGUCACCAGUUCCAAGUCUGUACGCCACAUAUUCUGCCCUUAUUGGAAUAAUGGGACUAUCAAUCGAAGCGACCCUUCCCAUCCCGCAAAUCCUCUCGAACUUCCGCUCCCGAUCUGUUAAGGGCUUCAGAGUGUCAGUCCUUGCCAGUUGGAUUGCUGGUGAUAUUAUGAAGAUGUUCUGGUUCUUCACAGCGACUAGCGAGAUUCCAUGGACUUUCAAGCUCUGUGGUAUUUUCCAGAUGUGUUGCGACUUGUUCCUUGGAGGACAAUAUUGGGUAUAUGGGGAAGGCGAACCGGUCCUCAAGGGCCACCAUGAUAUCGCCAUGCGGAUGAACGGGCAUGCGCUUAAUGAGAAGGAUAUACGACUUGGGUAG